AUGUCCGACGAGCGCCGGAGUGUCGUCUUCUUCCACCCGGACCUGGGCAUUGGCGGUGCCGAGCGCCUGGUCGUGGACGCCGCCGUUGGCCUGCAGGAUCUCGGCUACAAAGUGACCAUCUUCACCUCUCACUGCGACCCGAAGCAUUGCUUCGACGAAGCCCGCGAUGGAACCCUCGACGUGCGCGUGCGCGGAAACUCCAUCGUCCCGCCCUCCGUCGCCGGCCGCUUCUCCAUCCUCUGCGCCAUUCUGCGCCAGGUGCAUUUGGUCCUACAGAUUGGCUUCCUGACCCCCGAGCUCCGCCAGCUCAGCCCCGAUGUCUUCUUUGUCGAUCAGUUGAGCGCCGGCGUGCCUCUGCUCCGCCUGCUCUCGCCCGUCUCCAGAGUGCUGUUCUACUGCCAUUUCCCCGACAAACUGCUGGUGCAGAAGGGUGGAGCUAUAAAGAGGCUAUACAGAGUGCCAUUUGACUGGGUUGAGAGCUGGAGUACUGGCUGCAGCGACGUCAUCGUCGUCAACAGCAACUUCACAAAGAGCGUCUUCAAGCAAGCCUUCCCAGGCCUCAAGCACCGGAACCCGGGCGUUGUAUACCCUUGCGUGGACACGGCGGUGUCUGAGAAGGCCGAGCAGAUCAAAUCUGAAGAGAAGCCGCUAUGGGACAACAAGAAGAUCUUCCUCAGCAUCAAUCGCUUCGAGCGCAAGAAAGACGUCGGCCUGGCGAUUCGCGCCUACGCCGGCCUCUCCGCAGAGGAGCGCAACGGCACAAGGCUCGUCAUCGCCGGCGGCUACGAUCCCCGCAUCCACGAAAACACGUCCACCUACAACGAGCUCUGCACCCUAGCCGACUCCUUCCACCUCAAGCACGCCACAGCCAAAAACGUCAUCACCGCCCUCGACAUCCCAGACGACAUCUCGGUCCUCUUCCUCCUCUCCAUCCCCAGCACGCUCAAGACCACCCUCCUCACCUCCGCCCGCCUCCUCAUCUACACCCCGCGCCACGAGCACUUCGGCAUCGUCCCGCUCGAAGCCAUGCUCGCCGGCACGCCCGUCCUCGCCGCCAACGAGGGCGGCCCCACCGAGACCGUCGUCGAGGAUGAGACGGGCUGGCUGCGCGACGUGGCCGCCGUCGACGAAUGGACCGCCGUCAUGCGCAAGGUCCUAGACGGCGGCGACGGUGGCGUCGGCGAGGCGCGCCUGCGGCAGAUGGGCGCCAACGGCCAGGCGCGCGUGCACGGCGAGUUCUCCAAGGCGAAGAUGGCGGAGCGCCUGCAGGGCUACAUCGACGGCAUCGACGCGGUCGAGCGGCCGCCGGUGCUGACCCCCGCCGUGGUGGGCGUGCUCGCCGGCGCCCUCGGAGCGGCCGUCGGCGUCGGCGCGUGGUAUUAUUUCAUGUAG